UGACAGCAGGCAGCAGCUACUCUGAGCUGCUGAGACAUGGCGGAGCUUACAGUUUGAGAAGGGAACGCCAACAGUUACGGUAGUUUCGCUCGCACUAAAGUCGACACAUUACCGAAUAAAUGGCGUAGAAGACGUUCUAAAAGUGGAUGGAAAUGUUGCUGUUCGCAGAAUUGCGGCGGAAGCGGAAAGAAGUGGCUAGAAAGUAAGUGAGCUGGGGAAAUGUAUCGUAGCUCUCGCUGUUUAGUGCAGUCAACAGCCUUAGGCAACAAAUAUGGCUUCGUGUGCCUUUUUGCUCUGUGUAAUCAGAAACUGCUGUAUUAAGCCAUCGUAUAUCAUGGCACAGUCACUCGAAUCGUACAAGUGACCAUAAGGAAGGGAGUUCCUGCUUGGGUAUCGGGGGUUCUGUUGGGUUUGAGUCGAGGUCACCGUCUCCGCCGACAUAACAAGAAGCUAGCUUAGCCAGUUAGCUAGGGAACUGCGCGAAGUGCAAUGGAGCCGAAGCACAAAGAGUUGUUAGAGCAGUGCCACCAGAACUUGGUGCAGUCCAUCCCGGACGCGCAGCGCCUCAUCGAGCUGCUCGCUAAAUCCGGCAGCCUGAGCGAGCGGGACACACACGAACUGGACCAGAACUGCUCCUCCAGCUCAGAGAAAGUGGAUCAGCUGCUGAAGAUGCUCAUGAACAAGGAAAGCGACCAUUUCCUGGCCCUGUGUGUGGCACUGGAGAAAACCUACCCUCACCUGUAUUCUGCCCUGUUCAGCAACGGGGGAGGACCUGCAGAUCACUCCGGGUCUACCUACAGUGUCCUGUCCACAAUGCCAUCAGAUUCAGAGAGCAGUUCAUCCCUCAGCAGUGUUGGUUCCAAAGCCUCCUCGCCUCCGCCUGCGCUCAAUGACAACCGUCCGGCCAGCGAGAACGGAGACGCCCUCCUGUUCCAGCUGAGACAGGUGACCAGGGAACGAGAUGAACUUCGCAAAAGGCUCGCCCUUGCCUCUCCAGGCACUACCUUCGACGACUGCAGGCCAAAUUCCAAAGCCAGUCAUGACUAUGAGCGGCUCAAGACCCAAUGCAUGAAGGCCAUGGCAGAUCUACAGUCUCUGCAGAACCAGCAUACCAAAACCCUUAAGAGGUGCGAGGAGGCAGUGAAGGAAGCUGACUUCUACCACAUGCUGCACAGCCGUCUCCUGAGUGAUCAGUCUCAGCUAAAGGAGGAGAUGGAGGUGAUGAGAAGAGAUAAUGCUCAGCUAGUAAGAGAACACAACCAUCUGAAACAGAGCUGCGAGGAGCUCAAGAGACUGCACUCAGAGGACCAGAAGGAAGUGGCUGAUAUGAGACUCCAGCAACAACAGGUUAUUAGGGAGAAAGGAUCCUCAGAGGUUUUGAAACUCUAUGACACUGCAAUGGACAAGCUGGAGGGAUUGAAGAAAGAGUAUGACAACCUGAGCAAGAGAUACAGUGAAAAGGUAGCCAAUCACAACACAGAUCUGAGUCGACUGGAACAGGCGGAGGAAGAGAACAGGCGGCUGCAAAAACAGACUGACACUUUGAUGAAGCAGAGGGAUACAGCCAUGCACUACCAACAACAGUACUCGGCCUCUAUCCGGAGGUUUGACUCUGUGCAGCAGGAGCUGAAUAAAGUUUCAGCUCAGAAUAAAGAGCUACAAAGAGAGAUGGAAAGGCUACAAUCAGAGAUGACCCGUUACAAGAACUUCCAGCUGAAGGCGGUGAAGGAUGCUGAGAAGUACAAGGAGGAGCGGGACUCUGUGUUUAAUGAGUACAGGCUGAUCAUGAGUGAACGGGACCAGGUCAUCAAAGAAGUGGACAGGUUGCAGACAGAACUGGAAGCAGCUGAAGCCCGCCUCAAAAACAACUCAUCAGAGAAGAUGGUGGCCAGUGAGGAGUUGGAAGCACUCAGACAGGAGCUUAAUUCAUCACUAGUGGAUCGAGACCGAGCCAUCUGUGAGCGUAACGAGCUGCUGGAGAAAUACUGCCAUGAAGUGAAGGACAAAGCAGAGGCUCAGAAAGAGCUGAGUCAGGCCUGCAAAGACAUCGAAACAGUACGCGAGGAGCGAGACGUGGCCAGAAAAGAAAGAACUGAAGCCAUUAUACAGAGGGACCAGCUACUGCGGGAGUACUACCAGGCCAGACAGAAACAAGACACUGCCACUUUGGACAUGGAGCGUGCCAAUAAAGAGAUCGAGGUGUUGAGGAAGCAGUGCGAGGCCAUGUCUCAGGAACUGAAGGAGGCUGUGCAGGAGGCUGAGGUGGCGAAGUGCCGCAGAGACUGGGCCUUCCAGGAGAGAGACAAGAUUGUGGCAGAGAGAGAAAGCAUUCGGACUCUGUGUGAUAACCUGCGCAGAGAAAGGGACCGUGCUGUUAGUGACCUGGCUGAUGCCCUGCGCAACCUGGAUGAUAUGAGGAAACAGAAGAACGAUGCUGUCAGAGAACUGAAAGAACUGAAGGAAAAGAUGGAGUGUCAGCAGGAGAAGGAGACACCAUUCUACCCUCUGCUGGCACACAGCUCGCAUGAUUCAGCCAUAGAUACAGACUCCUUGGAAUGGGAGACUGAAGUCGUGGAGUUUGAGAAGGACAGAGAUGACAUGGACUUGAAGGCACUGGGGUUUGAUAUCGCAGAGGGGGUGAAUGAUCCAUAUUUACCAGGAGAAUGUGGGAUUUUUGUAACCAGGGUGGACAAAGGAAGUAUUGCAGAUGGGAGGUUAAGAGUGAAUGACUGGCUGCUGAAGAUAAAUGACAUAGACCUAACUAACAAAGACAGGAAGCAGGUUAUCAAAGCUGUGCUUAACGGAGGAGGUGUGAUCAAUAUGGUGGUGCGCAGGAGAAAGUCUUUAGGGGGAAGACUGGUUACUCCUGUACACAUUAAUCUCAUUGGGCACAAAGACAGUGGCAUUGGCCUGGAGAGUGGAGUGUAUGUAACCGCUCUAGCAGCAGGCAGCCCGGCCGCCAGAGAAGGGUCCCUUAACAUUGGAGAUCGCCUAAUUGCUAUAAAUGGAAUUGCUCUGGAUAACAAAUCUGUGACAGAGUGUGAGGCUCUGUUGAGGGGCUGCAGGGACUCUCUCAGCCUCUCUCUCAUGAAGUUCUUUCCCCAGAGCACAUCAGGCCACAACAUCUUCGAGAGUCUGAGGGAGGCAGAGAAAUGCAACGGCAGAAUUCACAUGUCAGAGGUUCACUCUCGUAACAGCCGGAACCUGAAGCACAAUAGCUCCACCCAGACAGACAUUUACAGUGGUGAAGCAGGUGGUGAAAGGAGGAAGCAGAGGGCUGACUCUGAGGAGAGGAAGCCCUUCUCUCCCUCUACUCUGCACCCCAGCACCUUGUGUGCCCGUUAUGGUCCCAGCGCCUUCCAGGAGAUUUGCUACACUCGUUCUGAGUCAGUAGGGCCUGAAUGCAGCAGCUUGGAGCCAGUGCCUGACACCAAGCACAGUGGUGGCACCUGGCCCAAAAUGGUGGUUGGAGUUCCCAUGACAGCAGAAAGCCCAGCCCAGCUGUCCAUUUACAAAUCGCCCAAGCAAAGGAAGUCUAUUUUUGAUGCAGACACCUUCAAAAGGCCAGAUACACCUUCCAAAAUGGAAUACCUAACCAGCCAUUCUCCACAGCCUUCCAAAACAGACACAAUGGCCACACCCCCGACUCCACCGACACGCAGCGAUUCUUUCAAGUUCAAGCCGAAGCAGCAGGGCAGCUCGGCCUCAGACUCCACCAUUACUGAGAGCCAACAGGAAGAGUGUAACGGGAAUUUGUGCUUCACGGAGGUUGCGCAUGAGGGCAGGGCGCUCAGCUCUAGGAAGUCAUGUGAAGAGGACAUUGGGCGCACACGGCUUGAUGAGCCUGAGGUCAAGCGGCCACGUCCCAAAUCAGCCCCGGCUCUCAGGCGCAGGAUGACCCCUCAGUCCAUCGCCCUACACAGCUUUCAGAGCCACUCUAAUGACGGGGACAGUUUAGACCAGAGGGAUGUGUUGCGCUCAUCUCCUAGCCGCCCUUACAGACACAGUGUAGGGUUUGUUCCCACACUCUAUAAUGGAACCCUGCCACCCAACUCGGUACAUCGAGGUCUGUCUCCAUGCACAGCAGUGACAGCUGUUAUGAGGAACCCUGUUUACACUGUCCGCAGUCACAGAGUGCACACCAGUAACUGUCCCUCCGUCAUCAACCAGAUCUGCCAUCAGCAUACACAUCCCAGUCCACAACAUCAAGGUCGUCUGAGUCUGGACCUUAGCCAGAAGCGUUCUGCUGAGUACUCGGAGUCCUCCCGCAGCAGCCAAACCUCUCAUGGCACCAACUCACUGCCGUCCAGUGCCAGACUUGGUUCAUCGAGUAAUGUGCAGUAUCGCACAGAAAGGAUAAAAAUCCCUCCCACGCCGCGGUAUCCACGCUCAAUGCUGGGCUCUGACAGAGGGUCUCUGUCGCAUUCAGAGUGCAGCAGUCCCAGUCUCAUCACACCUCCCAUGUCUCCACUUAAUCUUGAGACGUCCUCGUUUGCUUCCAGCCAGUCCCAGAACUCCAUCUCCACACGGAUCUCCGUCAGUCCCGUACCCACGGGAGACCACAGGAAAGACAGGCCGUAUCUGGAGGAGCCGAGGAAUGUGAUUGUGCAUAAAGGCGCCGAACCUUUGGGCAUCUCCAUCGUCAGUGGUGAGAAUGGCGGUAUCUUUGUAUCCAAGGUGACUGGAGGCAGCAUUGCUCACCAGGCAGGCCUGGAGUAUGGAGACCAGCUACUUGAGUAUAAUGGGAUAAACCUGCGUAAUGCCACUGAGCAGCAGGCGCGUCUGGUCAUAGGUCAGCAGUGUGACACCAUCACGAUCAUGGCACAGUACAACCCACACAUGUACCAGCUGGGCAACCACUCCCGCUCCAGUUCUCGGAUGGAGCCAGUGAGCAGCCAAUCCACUCCUCAGGGCAGCGGCGCAACUACACCAGAUAACCACUCAACCAUAGACACGCUCAGUGAGCAGGAUGAAGGAACCCUCACUCCGUCAUCCAAACAGACCACACCUACCACCAGCCCACACAGCUUCAUCAGAAUGUCAUCGGAAAACGGUAAAAAGGUUCCAGAGCCGCGAGUGGUGUCUGUGAGAAAGACUCAGGUGGAGCUCGGUGUUCAGAUUUGUGGGGGAAAUCUCUGUGGGAUUUUUGUGGAGAAUCUAGAGGAGGACAGUCCUGCUAAGUUGGCAGAUGUCCUAUUGCCUGGAGACAUGAUCUUGGAGUAUAACUCAAUGGUUAUGAAGAGUAAGACCGCAGAAGAAGCUUACCUGGAGAUGCUCAAGCCAUCAGAAAUUGUCACAUUGAAAGUCCAGCAGCGCUUGGAUGAGUUUAACCAGGUUAAAGGUACUGCAGGAGAUGGAUUUUACAUCAGAGCACUUUAUGACCGAUUGGCUGAGACAGAACAGGAUCUUAACUUUAAGAAGGAUGACAUUCUCUAUGUGGACGACACACUACCCAGUGGCAACUUCGGCACCUGGAUGGCCUGGCAACUUGAUGAAAAUGCACAAAAGAUGCAAAGGGGUCAAAUUCCCAGUAAAUACAUGAUGGAUCAGGAGUUCUAUCGUAGACACAGCAUGACUGAAUUGAAGGAUGAGACAGGUUCGAGUAAAACGCUCUCUGCAGCAGCACGCAGAUCUUUCUUUCGCAGGAAACAGAAGCACAAACGCAGCAGCUCCAAAGAUGGCAAAGACCUACUAGCUCUGGAUGCCAUUAGUACAGACUCCAUCCCGUUUUUAGAAGUGUUUUGUGAUGUUUGGUUAGACUGCGUGAGCCUUGCCUAUCAGCGAGUGCAGAAGGUGGACUGCACGUCUCCCAGGCCAGUGCUGCUGCUCGGGCCUCUGGUGGACCCGGUUAAAGACAUGCUCGUGAAAGAGUCUCCGGGGAAAUUCAGCAGAUGUGUACUCGAGGUAAUGAAGGCAUCUCAGCAAGCCAUUGAGCGAGGGGUGAAGGAUUGCCUUUUCAUUGACUACAAACGAAGGAGCGGCCACUUCGAUGUCACAACUGUUGCUUCCAUCAAAGAGAUCACAGAUAAGGACUGCCACUGCUUGCUCGACAUUGCACCCCAUGCCAUCGAAAGGCUUCACAGCGUUCACAUAUAUCCAAUUGUUAUUUUCAUUCGCUACAAAAAUGCAAAGCAAAUAAAAGAACUGAAAGAUCCGGUGUAUCUGCGGGAUAAAGUUUCUCAAAAACAUUCCAAGGAGCAGUUUGAGGUUGCACAGAAGAUUGAGCAAGAGUACAGCAAAUUCUUCACAGGUAUUGUCCAAGGAGGCAUGUUGCCCUACAUUUGCACUCAGAUCGUGACUAUAGUGGAUCAGGAGCAGAGUAAAGUCCUGUGGACUCCGCUGGGCUCGCCUUAGGUGGCUGAGCCAGUCCUCUCCACUUACUGCCUCACACACACCUGAGCUUACAAACACUAUGCUUUUACACUCGCACUACACAUAAAGGUACACUACAGCGAGCAGUGCAUUUUUUUUUUUUUCUUUUAUUAUUCCUUUAUGUUUAAUUGUAACUUUUUUUAUGUUUAAUUGUAACAUUUUAUGUGUAACUGUAAUGGAGCCUCUUAUUUGUGUGUGUGAGAGAGUGGUUGAUUGUGUGUGUGUGUGUGUGCUCGCAAAUGCAGGAUUAUAGCACUGAAGUUUUCAAUGUUUUCCUUUGGUCUUCCUGACGGACAUCCAACAAUUAGUAAUGCUGCAUCUAAAACACUUGUUUACAGAUGAGUCAGUCCGUGAAUUGUUAUUUAAUGUCUGCUUGAAUGUCCCACUGAUCUUAAUGAAGUCAUAUCCCAAGUCACCUCUCGCUACUCCAAACCCAAAUUAAGCCCUCUAUCCCAACCCCCCGAUAUACCAAAAUGACACGCAUGUGUGUAUGUGUUUUCUUCAUCAGUAAGGGGACUGAAAAUUCAUUGUAGAUAACGAUUAAGCUUCGGCAAGCUUGUUGAUGUAAACGUUAUGGUUUUGGGGUUGAAGUGAAACAGCAUCAUACGGGCCAAAUGGAAGUGCCUUUGGAGAUCUCCUGAGCGUAUGACAAUGGCAUAUUGGAAGUCUGGUGUUUGAAACUCCUCCGAUUGCACUCCAGGGCUAGACAGACCACUGUGGUUACAUUCUCCUAGAGGAAAAUAUGUUUAAAAGAGAACAUGAAAUCUAACACUAAUACAGUUCUGAAGUAGAGGCACUCACUUAACCUGUAUGUAUGCAAACUUGUCCAAAUAUAUAGAUCUAUCUAUCUAUAUAUAUAUAUAUAUAUAUAUAUAUAUAUAUAUAUAUAUAUAUAUAUAUAUAUAUAUAUAUAUAUAUAUAUAUAUAUAUAUAUAUAAAAACAUAUAAAAAUAUAUUAAAUGUAUUUUGACUAGGCAAUUGGCCUAGGGGAGUGCAGCAGGUGUCCAGUCAGGUCUUAGCAGAUAUAAGCAUGUUCCUUUUUGUAUGUUUUUUGUUUGUUCGUUUGUGUUUGUUUGUUUGUCACUUUUAUAUGUACCCACUGAGAAACACCAUGGAAGGAAGAGAUGCAGGGUAAAUAUAAUUGGGUCUCUUAUGCUAAAUCUGUUUAAAUGUUAGUAAUUUUUCAUGUAUAUUUAAGUUUUUUUUGUUUUGUUUUGUUUUUAAUUCACCAGGCACAGUUGCAUACUUUAUCCAGACCAGUAAUCCCAGCAAUUAAUGUUGUGCCAAAAUUCAACGUGUCCAUUUUCUUUUAUUUUUGUUUUGCACUUGCAAUAUUAUGGACCCUAAACAAUAGCUGUUCUUAGGUUUCCAGUAGAGGUUAAAAAUAGGUACUAUACUUAUUACUUUUGUGAUUUAAUAUUAAUUUGUGUAUCGCUCAUGUUCCAUACAUUUCAUUAAUUGCCUCUAUUCUUAUAUUAGAAGAGAACCAUUGCAUUAUUUACACUCUCAUUUAAAAAAAAAAAAAAAGGGAUUUCUUAUUGCACAGUUGUCUCAAAGGAAAAUCAGUCCCAGUCUUGUCUAUUGGGUUGAAAUUAGACUUUUUGUUUCACGUGCUAUUCAUAUCUAGGUGUUUUUUUGUUUUGUUUUUUCCUAAAUAAGUAGCAUAUGGUUUUAAAUGAGAGGGAUUCAGCCAAUACAAUUUUGUUUUAAGAAGAAUGACUAGAUGACAGGUACUGUUAUUGAUCUGGAUUUUCAAUAUUACAAAGAAUGUGAUUUGUAUGAAAUAAUGUUAAACAAAUUAACAUGAGAAUAAAAGUCAUUUUCUGUAUCACACUA